GAGGACGGAGAACAGGUUAUGUGGGAGCCGGCGGGGGCAUUUGCCGGCGACACCGGAGCGGGGGCCGGAAGUGGAGCACCCGACAGCUGCGCCGCAGGAGCUCCGGGCUAGAUCGUGGCGACGGCAGCGGCCCCUCUGCUGGAGGAGGACGAUGAGGAGCGACGGAAGCGGCGCGGGGGGACGCUGCUGCGCGGCGCCCGGUUUCGUGCCCGCGGCCCACUGCGCAGCCUGCCCGCAAGUCUGAGAUAUAUACGGAGAGCCACAAUGGAAAAGUCCUGGAUGCUGUGGAACUUUGUUGAAAGAUGGCUAAUAGCCUUGGCUUCAUGGUCUUGGGCUCUCUGCCGUAUUUCUCUUUUACCUUUAAUAGUGACCUUUCAUCUGUAUGGAGGCAUUAUCUUACUUUUGUUAAUAUUCAUAUCAAUAGCCGGUAUCCUAUAUAAAUUCCAGGAUGUAUUACUUUAUUUUCCAGAACAGCCAUCCUCUUCACGUCUUUAUGUUCCCAUGCCCACUGGUAUUCCACAUGAAAAUAUUUUCAUCAGAACCAAAGAUGGAGUACGUCUAAAUCUUAUUUUGAUAAGGUACACUGGAGACAGUUCACCCUAUUCCCCAACUAUAAUUUAUUUUCAUGGGAAUGCAGGCAACAUAGGUCACAGGUUACCAAAUGCAUUGCUCAUGUUGGUGAACCUCAAAGUUAAUCUUUUGCUUGUUGAUUAUCGAGGAUAUGGAAAAAGUGAAGGAGAGGCAAGCGAAGAAGGACUCUACUUAGAUUCUGAAGCUGUGCUAGACUAUGUGAUGACUAGACCUGACCUUGAUAAAACAAAAGUUUUUCUUUUUGGCCGUUCCUUGGGAGGAGCAGUGGCUAUUCAUUUGGCUUCUGAAAAUUCACAUAGGAUUUCAGCCAUUAUGGUGGAGAACACAUUUUUAAGCAUACCACAUAUGGCCAGCACUUUAUUUUCAUUCUUUCCAAUGCGUUACCUUCCUUUAUGGUGCUACAAAAAUAAGUUUUUGUCCUACAGAAAAAUCUCUCAGUGCAGAAUGCCUUCACUUUUCAUCUCUGGACUCUCUGACCAAUUAAUCCCACCAGUAAUGAUGAAGCAACUUUAUGAACUCUCCCCAUCUCGGACUAAGAGAUUAGCCAUUUUUCCAGAUGGGACUCACAAUGACACAUGGCAGUGCCAAGGCUAUUUCACAGCCCUGGAGCAGUUCAUCAAAGAAGUCGUAAAGAGUCACUCUCCUGAAGAAAUGGCAAAGACUUCAUCUAAUGUGACAAUUAUAUAAUGUUCCCCUUAUUAAGUUAAUGCACUGUAUUUUAAGUUGUGCAGAAUGAUAAAGAAUGUUCGUUUCUAGAAGUGUAUGUCUGUACUUGUCUGAAGAGGGACAUUAAACUUUGAAAGGACUUCA